AUGACAAAGAUGCUUGCCAAUAGAUUGAAGAAACUGUUACCUAAGUUAAUCUCUGAAAGUCAGAGUGCAUUUGUUCCUUGUAGAAGCAUUCAGGAUAAUUGUAUUUUGGCUUUUGAGGUAAUGCACAGCUUUCAUUGUCGAACUCGGGGAAAGGAGUUUUCGGCUGCUUUAAAAAUGUACAUCAGCAAAGCAUAUGAUAGGAUGGAGUGGUCCUUUGUCAAGGACAUCUUGUGCAAGUUUGGCUUUUCUCCUGUGUGGGUUGAUUUGAUAUAUCGGUGUUUGUCGACGAUCUCCUAUUGGAUUUUACAGAAUGGUAAACAAAUUGGGCCUAUUGUCCCUACAAGGGGACUCAGAGCUGAGGAUUCAGAGGAAAGGACCUUGAAACAUAUAUUAUUGGCUUAUGAACAAGCUUCAGGCCAAGAGAUAAGUCUGCAAAAGUCAUCCAUCACUUUUAGUGCAAACACUCCGGCUAGUAGGCGAGAUUUAAUUUGUAACACAUUAGGAGUGGAGGAAAAGGACUCUUUAGGGUGUUACUUGGGACUCCCAUCUCAUGUUGGAAGAAAGAAGAGAGAGGUAUUUGGCUAUUUGAAGGAUAGAAUUUGGAGGAAGGUUAGCUCUUGGAAAGAUGGAAUGCUUUCUAGGGCAGGCAAGGAGAUUCUGUUGAAGACGGUUUUGCAAGCUAUGCCUUCCUAUGUUAUGAGCCUAUUUUUAUUGCCCAAGACAUUGUGUUCUGAAAUUGAGGGCAUCAUGAAUAAAUUUUGGUGGGAAUCUGGCGGUGCUAAUAGCAAAGGUAUUCAUUGGUUGGCUUGGGAACAUAUGGCAUACCCAAAAGGAUUUGGUGGAAUGGGUUUUAAAAGGCUACGUGAGUUCAAUGUUUCAUUAUUGGGGAAACAAGGUUGGAAUAUUAUCUCAAGACCAAAUGCCUAG